CACAAUCGUUUUUUAUCUUUAAGAUAUACAGAUAUAUUAUCUCCCACUUCUCUGCAAUAAAUUAUCCCAGCUCUCUGUCAUUCUUUCAGUUUCUCGUUAAUAAUUAUUAUAGGAUAGUGCCAGGUCGGAAGUGGGAUAUACUUUUCGACGAUGAGGGUGCUUGUUCUAAUCCUAUGCGUCGCCUUCCUCCACUUGGUAGCAGGAGCUUGCUAUGAUAGCAAGGAAGAAUGUCAUUCGACCAACUAUGAAACAUACGUCGAAUGUGUCAGACGACGUCAGAAAAGAUCUACAGAUUGUGAGUCAAGAUGUGACUCUGGUAAUUGUAUCGACACUUGUCAAGAAUGUGAUUGUAGCUCUUGUAGCUACAAUAGCUGCACGUCAUCUUGCGGAAGUUGUUGCAGUUCUUGUUGCAGUAAUUAUGUCCCUUGCCACACUAACCACUGCUGCCACAAAACCUGCCACGCUCAGUGUUCAACAUCUUCGUGCCGAAGUAACUGCAGAAAGAACUGUUUCGACAUUGUAAAAGAAAGAUCUCAAACUGUUGUUGUAGAGCCAGGUGAAGAAACUAUAAGUAAAACUAACGCCAAUAUAAACAACGUGAACAAACCUAAUAUAACUACAAUAAUUCACUUGAAUAAUAUUAUUAACACCACAAAUCUUGUAGAUAUUCCCAUUAUUCUUAACAAUACAAAUACGCAGAAUAUAACAUUAUUUAAUGAAGAAACUGGUCUCUCUACAACAUUACAAUGUUGUACUGUAAUUAGCCCAAGGGAAUGCGUCUCUAGUCCUCAACCUCGUUGUUUUCAUUAUAGAACAAAAGAAUGCGGAAGUUUUUGCACAGCAUCUAUAGUCCAUAAAGAGGAACAAAAGUUGUGUUCAGUUAAUUACCCAGGGGCGGCACCAUCUUGCUCCAAACAAAUCUAUUAUAUACCCCAACCACAACCGAAAUGUACCUACCAAUCAGUUUGGCCUUAUGUAUCAUGUGGAAUACAGAAAAAAGAAACCUGUCAAGGCUGCUAUUCCCACUACGUCAAUGGAGGUACUCCAAAUUAUCUGACCUGUCCGCCUCAAUGUUACGAUGAUGGGUUUGGUGCAGUGGGCCCAAUGUAUCGCCAGGGACCUGUAUAUAGACCUGGGUAUUCUCAUGCACCUUGUUACCAAUGCUUGGGAUACCCAAAUCCGAACGAAUAUAGCGGAUAUCCUGUUCCUUAUGGUGGCUCCCAACCUUAUUUGGGUGAAUAUCAACAAGCUCCUUUUAGUGGUUACCAGCAGCCGUAUGGUGGCUACCCUCUUCCUUAUGGCGGAUAUGUAGCUCCACCCUAUUUCCCAGUAUCUACUGAAGUCAAUGGUACGAUACCAAUACAAGUAAAUGAAAAUCUAAUGGAUGAAGGAAGAGUGCCAAGAGAGCUGGAAAUUGAAGUAAAUUAUGAACAACCCUCUGAUGCUCAAGCUGAAGUUAAAAUUAAGGAAGAUGAUGAAAGUAAUUUAGUCGUAGAAGAAGAGAAAAAGGAAAUUGUUGAAGAGUCCUCCUAAAGUUUAUGUAGAUAUUUUUUUAUAAUUAAUGUUACUUUUGGUGUUAUAAUAAUGUAGCUUAUUAAUUUGUAAAAUAAACUUAAUUGUAAAGGUUUA